AAACUUUCUGUGUUUCUGUGAUUUUAAGUGAAAAGUAUGGCACGUGUUGUUGACUUGUCAACAUAUUUACUGAAAUGGUAUUUUAUCACAACAGCAAAAACAGUAUUUGGAGAGUAUAAACAAGGUGUCAAUCUAACCUCUCGUGCAAGCGCAUGGAUGGUUGAAGCUACAGAUGAUGGGAAAGUAAUAUCUCAUUUAUAUACAAGGCUCGUACCUGCUUUGGUGACCCUUAGUAUCUUCUUGUUGGGUGUAUUGGUUAUAUGUGUGAAUCAUUGGUUGAAACAAAAGAAGUCGGGAAUGGAAUUUGCUUUGUACAGGGAAGUAAUAGCUGAUAAAGAUUGGUUGAAAAGAUUACGUCAACAACAAAAGAAAGUUACCACGCCGAAUUGUAAUUGGUCAUCGACGUAUUUGUCAAAUGACAGAGCAAAAUAUAAAAAAUACGCCCUUUACGACAACAUGUUGGAGAAAUAUAAAUACUCGUUAAAAUUACAACAACAGCAAGCUUUAAGGAAAGCAGAAAAUAUGGCUGAUCUGCAGACAACUUGUAAUAAAGAUGGGGGGAUAUUAAAGUGUGAUAAAAAGUUAAUCAUGAGGCAGCCUGAGAAGACAGAAAGCAACCAUGACAGAGUGUCUGUUAAAAUUGAUUGGCUAGAAGAACCUGACGCAAGGGCUGCGCUGCAGAGAUUAUGGGAAGCAGAUAUCGGAUUGUCGACAAACAAUGUUCAAUUUCGAACCAAGUCUUCAACCAACGCUAAAAUGAAGAAUGAAAAAGGAAAUGAAAAUGAAAUAGAAAACACUGUAAAAGAACAACACUCGUCCUAUCAAGAAAUUUCAGUACGUCCUAACAAUAACUUCUCUAAGGAACAUGUGACCACUGAUGCAGAGAAAUUAAUAGAUAAUACGUGUGACCAGGACAAAGCGAAAAAACCGCGAACUCGUCCAAAAUCCUGUUUCGUUGUUUUUAAAGGAAAUGCAAUAAUUGACGAAGAGUUUAGUCGUGAUAAAUCAAAAAAAUUAAAAAGAUCCAUCUCAUUGUUUGAUAAAAUUAAAAGGAGUGUGGGCGAGGAAAAAUAUUCUUGUGAACUCGAUCAAGAAGAAGAGGACGCGAUUAGUAAAUUGUUUUUGAAACUGAAGCGAAUACCGACAGCUAACAUGGAGAGAAAUGCAAGGCCUAAGUCGAUUUACGAUAACGAUGACACAUCAGAGACUUCCCAGUCGCAAAUCAUGGUGACGUCAGCUGUAAAUGUACUGGAUCCAAAUAAAACGGAAAAAAAUAAGAACAAAUUUCAAAGAAUCAAAGAUGUUAAUAAAUCAUUUAAAGAAGUCGAGCAAAAAAUGAUCCAGCAUUUGUACACACGUCACGACCUUGCUGUUAAUGAAAUUUUAGCACUAGAAAGUUUACUGGAGGAUGUGUCAAGAUUUUGUACUGAGUACAACGAAGAAAUCACUGAAGAUGGAAGACAGUUAAGCUUCUCCAAAGCCAACAAGGAGCUUCACGAAGCAUCAAAGUCAUCGCGCAAUUUUACUCCUACAAAGAGAUCAGCGAAUAGUAGCAGAGAAGUGUCCUUCAAUGAAAGAAGAGAUAAAUGUAUGUCAGUAUAUGAUACAGAGCUGCUGGAUGUUGAAUCUGUCGUCGUCAAUAAAUUUACAACACUCUAGACUCACUUCUGGCGUUUUACUCACUUCUGGCGUUUCUGUUAAAUGUUAGAGGAAUUCACGACAAAGCACAACCAGACCAUCAGCAAUGGAAGUAAAUAAACAAGGAGAUUAAUUUCCCGCAAGGCUUAAAGUUUUUCAAAUCAUUUGGUUCCUUGAUAACAAUAAAUGUGAUCAUUGAACUGUUCUGGCAAGCAACCCCUAAUUUUGAAUCAAGAAACGCACAAAUUGGACACCAAAAAGAUGUUUCGAAUAUUAAUUAUUUUAAAGAUUUGAUGCAAAUCCAUAAUCUAUUUCCACAAGAAAUGUUUCUCUAAUCUAUCUGACAGCAAUUUAGAAUCUCUUCAUUUUUUUCUCCAAUUACACGAAAGCUGCGAAUGCAAAUUAUUUCUCUAGACAGGAUCAAUAAAUGCUACUUUUGCUUUUACUGCAUUCUUUCUUCUUGCCAUCAAGGGAAAGUUUCGCUAAGAUAAGUAAUCACCAAAUUUUUUAACCAUGUCUUGAACUCUUUUGGAGACAAGGGGUAAAGAUAUCUCACGAAUGAAGGUGAUAAUUCUCUCUACAGGGCCGACCGAUUUAGAUGGUGUGGAUAAAACUCUUAACAACUUAGGGAUUUUGAACCUCGUUAAAAUAUUUAUUUCUUUCGUCUUAUAAUGAAGACAACGAUAUCCAACCUAAUGAAAUUCAAUAUUCACGUUAAGAAGUUCAUUGAAGAAGCUUCUGUAGUUUGUAAAAAAAGACUGUGUAAUAUAUAUUUCUAGUUGUUUGUAUAUAAAGGAAAAAAAUUCGCAAA